AUGGAGCAUCCAUCAUCGACCCACCGCAGUCACGGCCAUUCCGAUAAUUCCAACGCUCUCAGUAAUGUUAAUAUCACCAACAUUACAUCGAUGUCUGACGAACGAGACCAUUACGAUGACCAAUCCCAAGAAUCGGCUCGGUGCGAAAAGUCAGAACAGCGGCGGAAAAUCAAGCUUGCAAUGUUGAUGCAACAGCUUGAAUUCCUGUUUUACGCCCUCGUUGUGUUGUGCUACACUCUGGAUGGCAAAAAUUUAAUCUUCAUCCUCAGGACGGUUUCCGAAGUACAAUUUUCCCAGCCCAAACAGAUCCAACCAGAUAGACCAUUGAGAUUCUUUGCCUUGGCCUCAUUUGCAAUAUGUUUUUGCGCCUUAACAAGUCAUCUCAGUCUCCUUUCUGCAUCAAACUACAACCCAAGCGGCAUCCUUGUUGAUUUCAUUGGUCAAUUCAGUUGGAACCACCCAAUAGCUAUAGUGGCUUUCCUGGUCGGGUUGGAUAUUUCUAGUUGUUUGGUUCAGCUGCUGUUAGUUCUCAUAAGCUUCACCCAAUCUCAUUCGAUUUCAAUAUCUGUCGAUACCAGCGCCACUCGCCUGUACGAUCCAUCUGUCAUCAUCAGCCCUGACCAUGAUGACAUCGAAGCCAAUCAAAGCCCAAGAAAGACAAGUGAAAUAGAUCGACCUUCAGAUCUGAGAAAUUUAGAAGAAACGCCGAAUGAAAGGGAUGAAGGUCAAAGAAGAAGUCAAUCGAGAAUCAAUAAUGAAGCAAGUGAUGCUGCUUCAGAAGGCUUAUUUCUGUUUGACCUGACGAUUUCACAAGUCAAAUCGCUGUUAUUUUCGACCGAUCCUCCCACACCUCACAACAACACAUCAACGACCUCUUCAUCGACCGCCACUCCCACCUCCACGCCCCGGCCUUCAAGAGCGCAAGAUUCUUCCCAGCUUCCUAUCGUUCCCACCGCUAAUUUAGAUGUCACACAUGGUGGCAGCCGUCAAGUCACAGAAAGUCGAGAUAUUCAAUCUGCCGAACAAUCAUUUGUUCCAGCUAAUCUUCCUCCCCGAGCAGUCAUCAUUCCAAUGGGUUGA